AUGGCCGACGAUGGCCUUUUGAUGAACUUUGCGGUCGAUGAUACACCUGCAGAAAUCAAAACUGUUUUCAGAGGUGGACAUUGGAAAGAUCGAGUGCGGGCGAAAAAGUCUCUUGUCAGGCGGAGUCAAAAGCAUCACAACGUAAAUGCUGCCGUGGGCACAGAAGAGAAUGUUGCAUCUUCAAAGCCCGAGAACGCUUUACUGAAUGGUGACACAUCUCCGCCCAGCAAAAGGCAGAAAAGAACGGAAAACUCCUCUUCCAGUCGUGUUAGUCAAUCGUCCUCCACGAAGUCUGCAGUCAUUUCCUCUCUCUUCACGUCCAAUCCGUCUGCAAAGACCACGCCCCAUAUAUCCACAAUAGAUCAAGAGGCUGUCUCUCAGCCUUCGAAUGCUCCGCUUCCUGACGGUGCCAUCCACUUCACUUCCCUUGGUGUCAAUCCGGCGCUCGCUUCCCACCUUCUCACCUCGCUGAAACUCAAGACUCCCACUGCGAUACAGAAAGCUGCCAUCGCUCAAUUGCUCAAGGGAGACAGCGAUGCAUUCAUACAAGCUGAGACAGGAUCUGGUAAAACGCUGGCGUACCUCAUUCCCAUCAUUCAACACCUCAUGUCUCUCCGGGCUUUAUGCACCAAUGAAAAGAUCAGUCGGAAAUCUGGCUUAUUCGCAUUAAUCUUAGUCCCGACUAGAGAGCUUGCUAAGCAGGUUGAUGUGUCGCUCUCUGAGCUGUUGACGAGACUGCCUUGGCUCGUACAUGGUACAGUCACCGGCGGAUCGACAAAGAAUCACGAAAAAGCACGUAUCCGAAAGGGCGUCAACAUCCUCGUUGCUACACCCGGACGACUCGUCGAUCACAUCGAGAACACUGAGGCACUUGAUCUAUUCAGCGUGCGAUGGCUUGUGCUUGAUGAAGGUGAUAGACUUGUCGAGCUAGGAUUUGAAGCUGAUAUCAAGACUAUCAUUGCUGCUCUUAAGAAUCAAAAACCUGGCAAAGAUGCAACAAAUCCUGAAUCUAGAGUUGAGCCUCAAGCGAGGACUACAGGAAGUCUCCAAGGACUCCCACAGCAUCGGAGAAACAUACUAUGCAGUGCCACAAUGAAAAUAGGGGUACAACGAUUAGGAGAUCUUAGCCUCAAAGAUGCUAAAAUGAUCAAGCCUGAAGAUGCGACCAAGUUACCAGAGAUAAGUGGAGAUCACAACGACAGUAGCGAGCAGACACAAAAGGAAAACUCAAAACCCGCACUCUUAUUCAGUGAAGAGAUCCAGCGCCCAUUCCUCGCACCGUCGCAGCUGAGGCAAGCCUAUAUCAUUGCACCAGCAAAACAACGCUUGGUCACACUUUAUGCACUAUUAAAGAGAUCUUUCGCCAGAAAGGGCUCGGUAACCAAAGUCAUUGUGUUUCUUUCGUGCGCAGACAGUGUAGACUUUCAUUUCGAAGUCCUCCGCAGAGGUGAAAACUCCUUUUUGAGCCCGGAAAAAGUAUUCUCGGACUUUGCCGCCAAUAAUAAGAAAGCCCUCAAGCAGAUCGCCCAAAAGUCUCCUAAGGAGCAGAGUGCCAUCGGGACCGGGCCCGACAAUCAAAAUUUAGAGCACGACCGACCACCCCAGUCCUCAAGAGGGUCGGCCAAGCACAUGUCUCUUCCCACUAUCUCCACCUCAAACACUCUCUCUUCCCCGGCCAACCCCACGCUUCAGCUCUUCAAACUCCACGGCUCCCUUCCUCAGGCCCUCCGAACCGCUACCCUGUCCUGCUUCUCCCGUACAACAACCCCAUCCGUCCUCCUUUGCACAGACGUAGCCUCGCGAGGCCUAGAUCUACCGAACAUUGAUUUUGUGAUCGAGUAUGAUCCCCCAUUCUCAUCUGAUGAACAUCUUCAUCGUGUAGGACGAACGGCUAGAGCUGGGCGUGAGGGGAGAGCUGUGUGUUUUCUGAUGCCGGGAGCGGAGGAGGGUUACGUGGAAGUACUGAAGAGUGCGUCUGGAACAGGUAAAGGAAACCUGAAAGGUGAGACGGCAGAGGAGGUGUUGAGGAAGGGGUUCGAGGCGAGGGUUGCAACAGGUGACGUUGGAGCCGGGGGGCAUUUUGGCGGAAAAUGGGACGAGCAGGCAACAGAGUGGCAGCUUGAGGUCGAGAGAUGGGUUGUUGACCAUGAACAGAUGGGGGAGAUGGCGAAGAAGGCUUAUGUGAGCCAUGUGAGGGCUUACGCGACCCACGUUGUCAAGGAAAGGGGUAUGUUUGAUGUCAAGGAUUUGCAUUUAGGGCACUUGGCGAAGGCAUUUGCGCUGAGAGAAAAACCUGGAAGCUUGGGCCGCUUUAAGGGCGAAGCAGAUAAGGAUGGCUCGAAAGAUCGAAGGGGCGAGAAGAGGCGACUGAAUGGUAGAAAUAAAGGCAAGGAGCAGAAUGCAAACCCUUCGGACGAGGUCUAUCAGAAGGCAAGGCCAGACUGGAGAGGCAAGAUUGAUCCGUCAGAGCCAAGCGCUGAGGCGGCCAGGAAGAUGCGGGCGAAAUUGAAGGAGCACUUGGCUGGUGCUGAAGAAUUUAACAUUGGUUGA